AUGAGUAACAUGGACCAGUACUCUGCGCAGCAGUAUCAGGCCACUUGGCCGACCACCCCUGAGCUGUAUAGUGAUGCGGCCGAUCGCCCGAAGACAGCACCGGUUAACGUCGCCCAGCUGUUCCAAGACGAGGGAGUCAGGAGAGCUUCUGUCACGAGAAAGAGCGGACUCCGCAAAGCAGACUAUCGGCCUGCUUCGCUGAGAUGGUGGUACCUCAGUAGCUUGAUUGCCGUACUUGUCGCACUCAUUGGAGUUGUCGUCUACGCCAACCUUGCGCUCCAAGGAUCGGAUACUACAGCAAAGAUCCAAACGCGAACAGUGAAGCACCACGAGACAUGGUCCGACAAUCGGGAUGGCCUGCAGGGCCUGGACCAGCGGCAGAACAAGGCGACGCAAGUAAACGCAAUUGAGCCUCGGGCAACGGGUUCGACGCAGGACGAACCUGCCGGGGAGGAAGACGACGAGAUUGUCUCUGGUGGUCCAUCAAACGAAGCGGACGAGGGCACUCUGACAACAGCAUUUGUUGAAGUGCCUAUCAAUUUCACUUCGACUGGACCGCCCAUCACCGAGACAUUCACCACAACCACCGUCAGCGUUAUUACCAGCGACGUUGUCACCACCACGGUCCAGACCAUCCCUGGAUCCGCAGUCACAUUGCAGCCUACAGCGCAUGAAUCAUAUGGGUCAUCGUCACCUAGCGAAACAGCCCACAAGGUGUAUUUUGAUGACGAUACAACCAGGACGUUGACUAUAACUACUCAGAUCGAAGCAUCAGUCACCACCGACGUUGUGGUAACGACCACGAAACCCGGCGAGGAGUAUAUCAAGCUGGGCAAGACAACAAUCUUCUCGACAUUCACGGUCGACCGAAAUGGGCUCAAGAUGCAGAACUCUGUGACCAAGAUCCUCACGAGCGAGAUUGGGGGCACAGUUGUGACGUCCUUGGAGACACUCCCGCCAAUUUUGCAGGUCACCGUCGGUCCUGAUGGAGCGCCUACCACCUCGACGAUAUUUCCCGCUCCCAUCACGCACACAUCAUCCGUCCCAGGCACCAAGACAGUCCUCACCGUUACCUCCACGCCGACGGGAGGCUCUGAUCCGCUCAUCAUUGUCGAGAGUAGGGAAUAUAAUCUCGGACCUGCCGAAGUGUUCAUGGGAAAAUUCCUCCCGCCUCUCGUGGCUGUCAUUGUCGCCCUUGCCGUGCGGGCCGUCGACAUGACCGCCAAGUUGUACCAGCCGUUUGCCACCCUGUCCCACCCUCGGGGCGCGUCCGGAAAAGACUCGCUAACGUUGCAUUUCGAAGGCUGGAAAGGCUUUUGGCGGCCGUUUGGCAUGGUGUCAAAGGGCCACCCAGUCCCUCUCUUGUCCACACUCGCCGUCUGGCUGUCUACCGCCUUGGCACCAGUGGCGUGUGAGGCUAUCGGCUUGAAGCUCCACGGAUCGUGCAAAUCGAAAUAUGCAGUCGGCUGUGCACUUGGUCUCGGCGUGUCGCCCCUUGAGUCGUACGUUCUUCUUGGUCUGAUGGCCACUGUUGUGGGGCUGCUCCUGGCUCUGUUUCUCAUCGUCUCUCGAUCGUGGAAGACGGGUGUCUUUGCGGACCCCUGGUGUCUUGCUGGUGCGGCAAGUCUGUGCCGGAAUCCAGAUAUACGAUCGCUAGUAGCCUUAGACUACAAGGCCAUCAAGGCGGCCACGUCCGAGAUGCACUUUGGUCUCGGCUGGUUUCGCAACGGACCUCGCGAGGAGUACGGCAUUGUCAUCUGCGAUGACCAAGAGCGCAGUCUGCGUGGGUCAAGGCCUGAUGAAUGCGAUGCCAUGAUGGUAGAAACGAGUUAUUCCGAGAGCGCUAGGUAUCCUCCAACCGGUGGAAACCCUUACAGUCAGAUCCAGACGCACAAGAGAGCGCCUUCAACGUUCGCGGCGCUCACCAUCUGGUGGCGCCUUUUGUUUCUGAUCUACCUUGUAGCUCUCACGUCUUUUAUCAUGUACUAUCAUCUUGGAUUUGCCCUCUCCGACAAGCUCGAACAAUUCUUGGAAGAAGAGAGGUUUGGUGUGCGGUUUGCAUCUUCAACCCUUGGUGUCAUUGUGAUCCUUUGCUGGGAAUGCAUAUUCGACAGUGUCGCGAUUCUCGCACCAUAUCGUCGCAUGGCAAAUAAACCUCAAGGCGCGACACGAUCCGUCCUGGCAAAGAGACCGACAUAUGCCGUCACAGGCAUUUUCGCCGGCUUAAGGCAUCGCGACCCUCUACUUUUCGGCGUUUCUACCAUGGCUGUCCUAUCCGACUUUCUGCCCAUGCUCUUCGCCAACGUCCCAUACGACCUCACGCUGACCCAGGGUGUGCACGUGGUAUGCGCACGCACCAGCGCUGGUGUCUUGGUUCUCAUGGCGGCCGUCCUCAUCGCAAGUAUGUUCGCCAGUUGGCCGACGUUCCCUGUGGAUCCGCGCAGCAUUGCGGGCGAAAUGUGGUACGUUGCCGAGUCGAGAUGGACAGAGAAGAUGGAGGGCACGGCCGUGAUGACGGAGCGGGAGAGGAAGGUAGCGCUGCGGGAUAUGGGAGGUCGCUGGUGCUAUGGUGUCAUUCAAACGAGCUUGGGAGAUCGGGAAGCCGUGGAGAUGGAUGACACGUACGGCGUGAUUGCCUACUCGGAGAUGGAGAGGCGUCCGACUCCUCUACUCUACUAA